AUGCUGUAUGCCGUCGAGGGCCGUCCUGCCGCGGAAAACCCGCCUCCUCUGGCGGCGGAGGAAAGGGCCCGCAUCCAACGGGCCUUUUUCCGCCACGAGCUGUACGCGCGAGCGUUUCCCAAGUUGGGCCGCGCCUCCGUCGUGUCGAGCGAAGAGCAGUUUCGGCUGUUUGUGGGCCGCAUGACGCCGUACGAAGUCGAGGAGCUGAGCUGCGUCCACAGUUACCUCGCGGGUUUGGCGGCGGGGUGCCACCGCGAGCUGGAGAAUCGGCUCGUGUCCGCCGGGGUUAGAAACACCGGUCGCGGUAGCAGCUUCUUCGCGCCGGCGGGCACGCGGCUCCGGAGGCGGUCCAUCUCGCCGUCGCUGCGGCCGAGGAGAAGCCGGGGCCGGGAGGAUGACGACGACGACGACGACCCCGAGGAGGAGGAGGAGAAGGACGACUACGUCUCGUUCGGCGCCGAUCUCUUGGGCUUGUACCUCUUUGGGGAUGCGAUGAAGAGGCGGGUGCCUGCCUUUUUCAGUGGCCUUGCGUCCUUUGGGCUGGGGUUUACGUCGCGGCUCGUCAACGGCGAUGCGAACCAGCGCAAGAAUUUGCUGCAGGGCAACGUGUCUGGCGGAAGGGACUUUCUUCCCGAGGCUCUUUGUCACUCGCCGAGCUUGGAGGAGGGCGUACUCAACGACGACGAUAACGACGAUGCGGGGGCUGGACGUGGGCCCGAGGCGCGCCGCGGCCGACUGAGGGCUACCUACUGUACCGUCGGCCGGGGCGCGAGGUCUACCAUCAGCUAUUGA